UCUUCUCGCGUGAGAGGGCCAUGCCGCUGGUUACCGAGAGGAUUGCAUUGGUCGAUCUUCGAGUUGCAGUCCUUCAGCCUCACACUCGUUCCCUGCAUCAGUCAGCCGUCGCUGAAGUGGCCGCGAAGUUAAGGGCCUAAGUCCGCAAACACCGAAGCGGUUGAUUCGAAGAUAUUGCAUAUAAGGACCGUUCAUUGCUCCGAUCAGCAUUAGAAAUCCCGUCAAGAUGCUCCCACCAACCCAUAAAGCGCUUGUACAAGAAGUUUACGCAGAGCCGCUGGUGGUCAAAGAAAUCGCAACGCCUCAGCCAGACCCCGGCUCCGUCGUCAUCAAAAUCAUCGCAGUACCCAUCAUUAGCUACGCGCGAGAAGUCUACAAUGGCAAUCGAAAGUACUCGUAUCCAACUCCUCUGGUCGUAGGCACCAGCGCAAUUGGCAGGGUUGCUGCGGUGGGAGUCGACACUGUGAAACUCAAGGAAGGAGAUUUGGUCUAUACUGACUGCGUUGUUCGUGGGAGGGACGAUGAAGAAGCGAUAAUCUUGACGGGAUUGGCCGACGGAUCGACAGAUGGCAGCCGUAAGCUGUUUGCUCAAGCUUGGAAGGAUUCUACUUGUGCAGAAUACGCUCGAGUUCCACUGGAGAACACCUUUGCGUUGGAUGAGGCAAGACUUUGCGGAUCUCCCGACACUGGCGGCCUGGGCUAUUCCCGGGAGCAGCUCUGCUGGAUUCUUCAGGCAUUGGUUCCGUAUGGAGGGCUGAGGAGUAUCGAUCUACAAGCAGGGGAGACGAUUUUGAUCGCUCCAUCGACGGGCGGGUUUGGAUCUGCUGCCGUUGUUGUCGCCUUGGCCAUGGGCGCGAGGGUUGUUGCUGCCGGAAGAAAUGCAGAGGCACUGGCAAAGACCAAGGCGCUGAAUGACAGAGUCGAAACGGUGCAAAUCACAGGCGAUGUAGAGGAAGAAGUCGCGGCAAUCAAAAAAGCGGCCAGAGGCAAUAUCGAUGCCUUUCUCGAUAUUUCCCCCCCGGAGGCACAGCAUUCGACUCACCUGAAAGCGGGCAUUAUGAGUCUGCGGCAGGCUGGGAGAGUGAGCUUGAUGGGCGGGCUAUUGGAGGACGUGCCUUUUCCCCACCGCUUCAUCAUGAGGAGAAACAUUACGCUCAAGGGGCAGUGGAUGUAUUCCCGAGAGGAAAUCCUGGCUUUCCUACGCUUGGUGACGAGCGGUGUGUUGAAUUUCCGGGAUAUCGUCAAGGUGCAGGGCAAGUUUGCGCUGGAAGCUUGGGGAAAGGCAUUUGACGUUGCGUGGGAGUCUGGCCGUCUCGGUGAGCUGGUAGUGCUGACGCCGUGAGUGAGAUCAUUCAGCUCGGCCGAGUCAUGCGAGAGCUUCUGCUUGGAAGAGGUAGAAGGUGUUUCCACAUUCAGCCAUGCCGAGUACUGUAGCCGUCCAUCUAUACGACCAAACUCUCCUGCGCGAUAGAAUGCACGCUCCACGUGCCGCCCCACUGCAACGUUACA